AGAAACCAUUGCGGUGAAACAGUAUAAAAAGCAAAGCGACGCGUUUGUUCGGUCUCAUUCUCCUGCGGCGCACAAAGUAUAGAACAGGUCCAUUAUCCUGAGGACUAAUAAACGCGGAGUCAGUUGGAGUCUGGAGUACAUCUGGAGCAGCAAGGAGUGUUGUGAAUCUGGAAAGCUGUGUCAAAGGAACAAUGUGCAGCACCGUUGAAUUGAAAGGUGGUUUAAGACAUUGGCACAAGAGAGAUGAAGAUGCCAUCAGCUGAGCAUGGUAUUAAUUUUACAUUUUUAAUACUUGUCUCUCUGUGAUGCAAAUGAUGACCGCAUAGUUCAGCAGAAAAUCCAUGAAGAACACGAAGCAUAGUCUUUCGCUCCUAUCUGAUGCAUCACCAGUUUUUGGUUUCUAUAUUUUUGUAGUUGCUUUUGUCUAACUCUUGCUUCUCUCUCUGUAGUUUGACUUCUGCAGGGGCGCAAGCAUGUUUGCAGGAGUUCUACAGGGGAGCUGGUAUGUCUAGCUAUGGCAGAUUCAGCAGCUGAUCUUCAGGGCUUGAUGACCAGCAUGGUUUGCUGAUGACAGUCACCGGAGCUCAAUAUCAUCCCAGAUGGCUCAGACAUGGCAGUCGAAGGAAGAAUAAGUGGCUGGCACCAGACUCUUCAGAACGGUUUCAAAUCUACCCCCCCCCCCCCCUUUUUUUUAAGUCCCUCUUUUAAGCAGUUAUUUCAAAUGGGUUAUCUACCUGUUGCGAUUUUAUGUAAAGUGUCAUUACUUCAAUAAAAUAGUAAAAAAAACAAAGGUCUGUUUAAAGUGUAUGAUUGUGUGGGUUGGUUUGAUUUACAUGGUUGACGAUUUAAACUGAACAAUCAGGUAUUUGGUAGCAUGCAGCUUGUCUUGAUUUACACAGUGCUGACUUGCUAAACCCAAGCUAUGCAAGCCAGAUUCUUUACACAUUAUUUUAUGCUCAAUGGAGUAAAACCACAGUUUUAUCUAAACCUUCAAGGCUUUCCUUAUGGCUGUCACUGCCCUGCAGGUUUACCAAAAGCAAUUGUCGGAAAUGGAUUUCAUGAACCUUAAUGUGCUCAGUAUUUGGAAUGGCAACUUUACCUUUAAAUCUUAGCAUUAACAAUGAUUUUUGAGCGAUUUGGCGCUGACGAUAUCUGACAUGGAAAUUAGACCCAGCAAACUCCAUGGGUAACAAACCUCUCAUCACGUUCUCAAACCACUACGAUUGGUCCAAUCUGCUUAGCGCUGAGAAAAUUUGCUGUUCCCACGUGACGGCCUGCUACUUCAUAUUCAUGAAGUUAAACCUGACUAAUGACGCGGAUUGGUUUUACUAUUUGAGUAGUGUUUGUUUGAUGGUCACCGGUUUGAAAGAAAUUGCAGAAUCUCUUCCAAGCACCGCCCAUUUUGUAUCCAAUGAAGACUGACGUGUUUCAGCUCUGAGCGUUGAGCGCAGAUGCGGCCUGGAGUCAGAGGCUCGGAUCUGUGUGUAUGAAUGGACGCUACAGUUGCAUUUAAUAGCUCAAUGUUACGGUCUUUGCGAAAGCUAUAUUUCCGUGGGCACAGAUGUUUUCACUCGUAAUCUUGCUCUCAUUCCUGGCUAUUUCGGCUGAUGCGGAUUUAUUUCAAUUCGACAGCAUUUCAAAUGUUUCUUCCUAUUAUUUCAAUUACAUCUAUUGCAAUAUUUGGGAAGGGGAUUGUCAACCACAUCAGGAUGAUGCAACCCAAGAAGUGCCUACAGGGGACAUUUGGUCAGGGCUUUCCCAGUACUACACUGGCAUGCUGACUGCAUGGUACUGCAGCUUGGGUCAGUGCUGUGAUUCAGGAGACUGUAGGAUUACGAAUAACAUCACAGGAUUGGAAAAAGAUCUACAGAUGAAGCUUCAUGGGCAACACCUGGUCCAGUCUGUGGUUCUGAAAGCCAUUCAGGGAUUCAUCAAAAACCCUGAGUCCAACAAACCACUGACUCUGUCCUUUCAUGGCUGGUCUGGGACAGGCAAGAACUUUGUGGCCCGGAUAGUAGCGGACAAUCUCUACCGGGAUGGUAUAAAGAGUGAAUGUGUGCGUUUGUUCAUUGCCCCAUUCCACUUCCCUCACGCGAGACUGGUGGACGUGUACAAGGGCCAGCUAAGAGAAGCCAUUCGAGACAUGGUUCUGCGAUGCUCACAGACUCUCUUUAUCUUUGAUGAGGCAGAAAAGCUUCAUCCGGGACUCAUUGAUGCCAUAAAGCCCUACAUGGACCACUAUGAUAAUGUGGAUGGGGUCAGCUAUAGAAGAGCCAUAUUUCUGUUUCUAAGUAAUAUCGGUGGUGGUGCUAUCAGUGAGGUGGCACUUGAUUUCUGGCACUCGGGACAGAAUAGAGAAGAUAUCGGCAUGGAAGACUUGGAACAUCUUCUGCAUGCUGAAGCCAUGGAAGCAGAAGGAGGUUUUGCGCAGAGUGAACUGAUGUCAGGCCAUCUGAUUGACUUUUUUGUACCAUUCUUGCCGCUGGAGUACCGGCAUGUGAAACUGUGUGCACGUGAUGCAUAUGCAGCUCGUGGCCUUCAGCCGGAUGAGAGGACUCUGGAUGAAGUGGCCAAAGCCAUGCUGUACGUUCCUAAGGAGGAGAAACUUUUCUCUGCACCGGGCUGCAAAUCCAUUCCUCAAAGGAUCAACUUCUUUUUGCCAUGACAAAGAGCAUCAUAAUAUCACUGACAUUAAAUAAACACAGAGUACACUUGAAUGAAGCAGAAAUGACUGCUGCCAUCUGAAAUGCAAAUUAUACAACACUGACAAUGCAGAAAAAAAAACUUUAUAUGUAAUGUUUCAACUCUAUAUAGGAUAAGGAGAGAGGGAGUUUGCUUAUAGUAAAUUAUAUUUUUAAGAAUUCUUUAUCUGUAUCUUAUCUACUUCUCCAAAGCAAUUUUACAGUUUACAUGAAUUGAUAUGAACUUAAGCUGAACCUAACCUCUUUAAAAAAAUUAAGACUGCAUUUAUACUAAUGCACUUACAGUGGAAGCCUCUUUGUCAAACAAACCAUGUUUAAGGUUUUUUUUUUUUUUUUUUUUUUUUUCAGUUACAUGGAAAUUGCUGUUUGCAAACUUUUUGUACUUGCAUACUAUGUAUUUCUGAGCAAAACAGGAUGUUCAAUAGAAAAAAAUAUUGAGUGGAUGUGCUAGGCUUUUCAUGGAAGUAUAUUAUUGUCAAAUGCGUUUUUAAAAGACCAUUUGAAAUGCUUUUUCUUUGGUAAUCGACCGUAUGCCACUAAGUUUUUUUAACCUGAAAUAUUUCUUUUAGUUGCUGUUUAAGACCUUUUUAUGUUUUUGGCAUAUUUCAGUCACCAUUUUUUGCAUUAAAUAUCAUAUUUAUUCCAUAUAGACUUAUGGAAUAAUUUUACAAAUCUCAUUUAUGUAUUGUAUAUCUUUUUGGUGUCAUGUAUAUUUAAAUGUUUCAACCUCUUCAAAACUAGGGUUUUUUGUUCAUUGAUAUUUCCGUUUUGAACAUUCUGAUACGAAAAAGUUAAAGUGAGUCAGUUUUUGGUGAAGAAAUCAUACUGAAAUGAUCAUUUAUAUGUAGGCAGAAAAAUAGUUCGAGAGUGUAAGUUACAGUGUAACUUACUUCGCAGUCUAUGGGACAGUCUCAAGCCUCCCGGUUUUCAUCCAAAAUAUUUUAAUUGUGUUCCAAAGAUGAACAAAUCUUUGAAGUGUUUGGAACCACAUGGGGGAAAGUGAUUAAUGACAAAACUUUCAUUUUGGGGUGGAGUAUCCCUUUAAAUUCUACAUUUCCUUUUCCCUUUGAUAACACAAAAACCAGUGUGAAAUGGCAUUGUUGUCUAAUGUAAGAGAUAAAUAAAAGAUAAUGUGUCAAGUU